AUGGAUGCCCAGACUGUCCCCGCCCCUUUGUCAUUGAUAUUGCAACAAUCGAGCAAGGAAGAGCCGGCUUCCACCCCGAGCGAAAAUCUUCCCAAGAAAAGAGCUAGACCGCUUAAGAGUCCUGUUCCAGAUGGAGGAGAACAUGUUCUUAUGAGUGCAGAUUCGACAAGUGCGCCAGCCGAUGGCACGAGGAGCAGCGGACGACAGAGAAAAGCUAUACUCUCGUAUCAAGAGCAACUUGAGUCAGAUGGAGAUAAUCGUAUCGUUCCACCAGCAGAACCUGCGACGCCUAAGAAAAAGAGAGCCCCUUCAUCGUCUCCACGAAAAGCAGCAACACCCAAGUCGAAGGGUGUUAAGGUCAGAACGGAAUAUACAUCCGAUCCUUCUGCUGUAUUUAUCGAGCCCCUAGUCGCUGAUGCUUCAAGUGGCAAAAUGGAGGGAUUCACUCGCAAUGGAUCGGGCCAAUUAUUGGACACCUCUGGAAAACUUGCGGAGAUGCAGCAACGACUUAGAGAUUAUAUCAAGGCCAAAGAACCUCAGAUGUAUUCAGAGUCUUCUAGUUCAUCUGAGGUUUUGUACCUGACUUGGUUAUGCCACCUCAGUGAUAUAGGUUUCAUUUUCACGACUUAUCCGCAAUUUCCAGACGGUCGCCCAGCUGUUACAAGAUUUCAGAGAGGUAUUAUAGAUGGGGUCUCUUGGCUAUCAGACGAAGCAACAUCUGACUUUAAGGAUCAUCAAUUUUUGGGAGGAACGUGGGCCGGCAGUGGGUUUGAGAAAGGAAUCAGGAGAACUCGAGCUUUGGUGAAGCAGAGGGUUGAAGAAAUGUGUGAACAGAUUGAAUAUGACAUUAUUAAGGGUUAUGUCGAAAAGAUCAGAAACUCAGAGACAGAAGAAAGUGAUAUCCUUUCACGACAUUCCCCCGCUCUCUCAGAUGAUACUACCUCUUCAUCACAGAGCGGAAAAGAUUGGACGGAGAAGGAGGAGAGAAUUGCCCAAGCUGCCUGUGCCUGGGAUUAUGAUGAAUCCAAAAAGAGGAGACUCGAUUUCGAAACAUAUACUUAUCGACUGGGAGAGCUUUGCUCUUCCACACUUGAAGAUCCUUUUUUCGACGAUUCCGAUGAAGCGUGGGUGGGUCAUGCGCCAUAUCAUUAUUAUUUACAAUAUGUGCUUAGGGUUCAUCUAUUUUCCCUUUUCAAUGUACAUUCGGAGACGAGAGAAUUCCACCAUAGAAUAUUUUGGUGUGAUUAA